AUGGCCGAUACACAGAAGCCCGCCGACGUGCCGCAGGAGGCCCCAGCCGUUGAGCCCGUCGUCGACACAAAGCCCGCCGAGGCUGCUGCUGCCGAGACCACCGAGACUGCUGCUGCUGCUGCGGCUGCUCCUCCUGCAGUCGAGGUUACCCCUGCGGCUGCAACUGAGACUCCCGCUGCUGCUGCUGCUACUGAGACCGCUGCGGCUGCGGCUCCGGCUGAGGAGACCAAGAAGGAGGAAGAGGCCAAGCCCGUUGAGGAGGGCCAUCUUGAGCACAAGGGCCAGGGCGCCAACUUCCCCAAGAACUUCCUGUACACCAAGCACCUCUUCUGGUUCGGCUCUGAGCCCGUCGAUCUCAAGUCCAUCGCCUCGUUCAAGGCCGACAAGGUCCCCGACGUUGCCCAUCAUGUCACAUCGUGGGCCACCGAGACUGGCAAGGGCCUCUUUUUCUACAGCGAGAAGGGCGACAAGGCUGCCCCCACCGGCGCGAUCCACCUGGCCGAUGCUUCGGAGCCUGCCGUUGAUGGCACCCACAAGUUCCACUUCACUGCCAAGGGCCACAAGCACACCUUCAAGGCCGCCAACACGGCUGAGCGUGACAACUGGGUUGCCCAGUUGAAGGCCAAGAUUGCCGAGGCCAAGGAGCUUGCUGCUACCGUCACCGAGUCUGAGACGUACAAGAAGACCCUCGAGAGCCUGAAGCCCGCUCCCGUCAAGAAGGAGGAGAAGACUCCCGCCGCUGAGCCUGCCGGUACUGAGGCUGGUCCAGCUGCCGAGGAGCUUCCCGUCGCCACUGAGACGGCCGCCGCUGAGCCUACCACAGAGGAGGCCAAGAAGGAGGAGGACAAGGCCGAGAAGGAGGCGCCCAAGCGCCGCUCUGCCAGCCGUAAACGCACUUCCAUCUUUGGCAUCGGCGGCCUCCUCGGCAAGAAGGAGGAGAAGAAGGCUGUUGAGGCCACCGAAGCCAAGCCCGCUGAGGAGACCCCAGCUGCAGAGACCUCUGCUGCCACCGCCGUCGAGGCUCCCGCUGCUGAGGCCGCCGCUGAGCCCGCUCCUGCCGUCACUGAGGCUGCCACCACCGAGGCUGCUCCCGCUACCGAGGACGCGAAGGAGGAAGAGAAGAAGGAAGAGAAAAAGGAGACUGCUGAACGCCCCGUCCACGUCAAGCGCACUAGCAUCUUCAGCAACCUUUCCUUUGGCAAGAAGAAGGCUGCCGCUCCUGCCGAGGCGUCUCCUAGCAAGGAGACGCCUGCCAACACCACUGAGGCUGUCGCUGAAACCGCCCCCGUGAUCCCCGCCGUGGAGACUACCGAGCCUCUGUCUACUGAGGUCGCUGCUGCCCCUGCCGCUGCGCCGGCCGAGAGCACUGAGGCCGCUGCCGUUACCACCAACGGCGAUACCAAGAAGGAGGAGAAGAGCGAGAAGCGCAAGAGCGUCCUUCCGUUCGCCUUCGGCAAGAAGAAGGAGGGCUCGACUUCGGAUGAGGAGGCUGAGAAGCCCAAGUCUCCGUCGGCUUUCUCCAAGAUCCGCGCCACUAUCAAGGGCAAGGGCAAGGCCGAGAAGACCGAAAAGGCUGGGGAAAAGGCCGAGGAGACCCCUGCUGUGCCUGCCAUCCUCGCCCCCGAGACGGAGGUCAAGGCUGCUGAGCCCGCCGCCGAGGAGGCUGCCAAGCCCGCCGAUGUUGAGGCCACGCCUGCCGCUCCGGCUGCCGCUGAGGAGGAGACUCCUGCCAAACCGCUCGAGGCCACCCCGGCUGUCACCGCCGCCGCUUAG